CGCCACGGUCACUCUAAUUCUUAUAUGUAUACAAAUUGGCAUUGUGCUGUGUGAAAAAUCCAAUUUUUUGCGAAGAAAUUAUUACGACCUUUGAAUUAAGUUUUUACUUAACGAACUUAGCCCCGCCCCAAUUACAUAUCUACCGUAGUCUCACACUGAAUCAGCUCAAAAAGUCGCAUCACGUUUUGCGACUGUGAGUCACUGGCCAGAUUUCCCCACCCAAAAAUACAACAAGACAAACGUCUUGCCUCGCAACCACUUGCUAAGUGCACAAGUCAUCUCACCAAAUAGUCUGGAAAUGGCCGAAGUGGAGAAUGCUGAGCCUCGCACGGAGCUGCAGGAGCUGCAGUUCAAGUCCGGCCAGGUGGCCGAUGAAUCCCUGGAGAGCACGCGUCGGAUGCUCAGCCUGAUGGACGAGAGCAAGGAGGCGGGCAUCCGUACCCUUGUGGCCCUGGAUGACCAGGGCGAGCAGCUGGACCGGAUUGAGGAGGGCAUGGACCGGAUCAAUGCGGACAUGCGGGAGGCAGAGAAGAAUCUCAGUGGGAUGGAGAAGUGCUGCGGCAUCUGCGUGCUGCCCUGGAAGAAGGUAAACAUCAAGGACGACGGAGAGAACGCCUGGAAGGCCAACGAUGAUGGCAAGAUCGUGGCCAGCCAGCCGCAGCGGGUUAUCGACGAGCGGGAGCGCAGCGGAAUGGGUGCUCCACCCCAAUCCGGCUAUGUGGCCAGGAUAACAAACGAUGCACGCGAGGACGAAAUGGACGAGAACCUGGGACAGGUCAACUCCAUGUUGGGUAACCUGCGCAACAUGGCCCUGGAUAUGGGCUCCGAGCUGGAGAAUCAGAACAAGCAGGUGGACCGCAUCAACGCCAAGGGCGAUGCCAACAACAUUCGCAUGGACGGCGUCAACAAGCGCGCCAACAACCUGCUCAAGAGUUAAAUAUGCACAAAUGCCAUGUGCCGUCAUGCCAGUAGUGAACACGAUAUCCAAUUCACCUUCACUUCUAUCUUGUUAGGGGAACUAUCCAAUGUUCUGGGCACAAACCUUAGCAGGUGGUAUUCCGUUAUUUAUACCAUAUAUUAUAUACAUAUACAAGUAGCCACCAGUAAACUCCUGGCAAACGUAACAAACCGAUUUACUUACAAGCACUUCGAGCCGGAUGAGCUAACUACUUUCUAAAAUUAUAUAUAUGCGAUCCAACAUGCUAACUACUUACUAUAACUACACUCGUGUACAAAUGGCAACCACAAAAGGUUACCGUAAACAAUUUUAUUAUGAGAUUUAUCGUAUGAUGUAGUCUGUAUUUGGUACAAACUUUUUGAGCAUUUUACCGAACUUUGUGAAAUCAAACCAAAACUUUAGCAACUGCUGAGUUUGAUAUGUGUGUGAAUUGUUGCAUUUACAAUUCGAAAAACCACCGCAACCGCCGGUCAUCAACAACUAAACAAAUAUGGGUGGUAACAUAUCGUAGCCAAUUUUAUGUUCUCCAUUGUUAACCCUUUUUAAGUAGGCCAUUGUAAUCGGGCAUUUCGUAAGCCCAGCAGUCCAAGCACCGAUUCUUUUGAAUUACUCUAAAUUUGAACCAGAACCUAUUGCUUUAUAUUUAUACUUAAUCCCCAGUGAAUGUAACCAAACGAGUUUCGUAGCUGUAGCUUAAGAAAAUGAAAUUGUUGAUUGAAAUAAUCCCAAAUAUUUAAGAAACUACCUGUUUGUGCGCAAGAUAAUUCUCGUUAACUAUUAUAUGUAUUACGGACGAGUAUAGCCAAUUGAUUAGAUAACUUAUUUAUCGCUACUAUUGCCACUUUAGCUUACAUUAUUAGCUCUUAAAUUGCAAUUAUUUAAAAAUAAAUUAAUUCACCAGCUAAA